AUGACUGCUCUAUGUUGCAUUCACCUGGUACAAAUAUGGAUUUUUAUGCAUCAAGAGAUAUUGAUGUUGACAUGGAUCAUUGCUGACAUGGAUCAUUGCACAAAAGACAUAAACGUAAAAGAUAUACUGCCAAAGGGACUCACUAAAAUUCAAGAUGCAGAACUGGCCUUACAUAAUAAAAAAACAGUUGCUGAAAUAAAGAACUUGGAAUGGAACUCAGAGGCAAAGAACUUGACGGUAACAUGCAAUGCCAAAAUCAUUAAUAUCAACAACAAAUAUGGAUGGUAUUAUGUUGCAUGUUUUAUAUGCAAGACAAAAGUGAAACAGGUCAAAGGAGUUCUAUGGUGUGAACGUUGUAAAAAUGAGCCAAAAUUUGCAGUCCCAAGCUAUAGAAUACAAGUCCAAGUACAAGAUGAAACCGGAUCAACCACAUUCAUAUUGUUUGACAAAGGAGCUGAGAAAAUUAUUUCUAAAACUGCAAAAGAACUUGCAGAGAUGCAAGAAGAGAUGUUGAAAUUAGAUGAGAAUACUUUACCAAAAGAGAUUCAAAAAAUAAUUGGCAAUGAAUAUUUGUUCCAAUUGCAUCUUGAUGAAUAUAAUUUGAAGUAUGGAAAAGAAAAUUACACAGUCUCAAAAAUUUUGGAAAUGGAAGUUUUACAUAAGCAAAAAGACUCAAGUAAAGUUGAAGAACAUCAGGAAACAAAGGAGGAAAUUGUAAGAAAAUCAAGGAAGGACAAGUACACAGCCAAUCAAAAAAUAGAAAUAGGAGAAACAUCUGUUCAAAGACCUGAAAGAAUGCCGCUCCAAAUGCUUCAAAAAUGUCAAAAAAGUACUAAGCAAAUUGCUACAAAGAAGAAAAAAAACUGAACUCUAUUGUAUAUACUACCUUACUCUAGGACUCUUUACGUAUUUCAUAGUAUUGUUAAUUUUUAU